CAAUAGAUACAUUUUGGCAACCUUUGAUGGUUCGGUAUCAGUAGGGUGUGUGGUGUUUAAGGACUUGUGGUAGCUGGAUGGACUCAGGAUCAAAAUACCUUGGAGCUGUGACUGUUCCCAUGAUCGGCUCGUGAUUGGCAGCUCACUCGUGACGGACCCCACACGCGAACGGCGUACGUGUACUUCAAACCAGUCGAAAUGCUCAACAUAUUGCUCAAAGAGAGCCUCGUCCUUUUGAGAUUUGCUUGGAAACCUCACAAUAGAUGAGUGUGUGAAGCAGAUGCAUGACGAGUGGUUGAUCCCUUGCUAACGGCAAGUUGCCAAUGCCCGAGGCGGUCUCGCUGAGACCUCAGCAUCCCAGCGUCACGGUGGAUGUCCACUCCUCAAUUUCCGUCAAAGGGCUAUGGUGCAAAGUCACAUGACCGACCGCGUCUCCGUCGAGAGCCUCCCGAAGCCAAGAACCAACGACGCUCUGUCCUACCCAAGUUAUGCUGAGCUUAAGUCUCCAGUGGACCCAGCUCUGCUGGAAAAUGGUAGCCUUCGCCCGGCCAAUGGCUCCGUAUCCGCUUACAGUUGGGAGAAUCUGGGCAUGAUCACGCACAUUGCAGCGGUUGGAAUCGUCUACGGCACGGUGAGUGGGGUCAUCUAUUCCGUGCUCAACAACUACCUGCACAUGUCAACGACGUUAGUUGCCACUGCAACUGCAUUGGUGACGUUCCCGUGUGCGCUUCGCCUCUUUACAGGAAUGCUGACGGACACUUGUCCAAUCUUCGGUUACCGUCGACGACCAUACAUGAUCAUCGGCUGGUCACUGUCGUUCAUCUCGUGUCUUCUGAUGGCUGCACUACCUUUAGGAGAACCUUAUUACUCCGAUGCUUCACUGUCCGAUAUCGCCACAGUCGACAUGACGCCGGAGCAGCUAGCGACUCUCAACACCGACGCCCCAAAUCGCGGUAUCAAGCUGAUCAUCCUCAUGAUGAUCGCAAACUUCGGUACAGUCAUGGCCUAUAGUGGAUUCAACGGCGCUCUGAUGGACGUCUCUCAGCGUGAACCGGAGGCCACUCGUGGUAGUGUCAUAGCUGAUGUCAAUAUCGUUCACUACGUAUUCACGAUCUUCUCAUCCUUCAUGACUGGCAUCGGACUAAACAGUGAAGAUUACGGUGGCACAUUUUCGUGGACCAUGGGAUUCAACGCGAUCAUGUGGAUCUGUGCUGCUGCUUCACUCCUCACGAUUCCGUUCUCUUGGUACUGUAUCCAAGAAGUGAAAGGAGAGCGCGCUCAGAUGUCCGGAUUCAAGUUCUUAUACAAUAUAUUCCAGGAGCGAGUGAUCUACCGCUACGCUGCAUACCGAUUCUUCUACAACGUUUGCUCACAGAUCACGGUCACGGCGUCAAGUGUGAUCCAAAGUGACUGGGCAAACGUAGAGCCACUUAACUCGGGUAUCGCUAGCAUGCUCACAGCGAUUUUGACUAUGAGUGGAGUGUACGUGAUCAAGAAGCAGGGUCUUCAGUGGAAUUGGCGCUACAUCAUUAUGGUCUGUCAGAUCUGCGUAGUGAUCAUUGAUGCCUUCCCCACUCUGUUUACGAUUUGGGACGUAUACCGUAGCCAAUGGUUCUGGCUUGGAGUUCCACUUGUGGGUGAAGUGCCAGCCGCUGCAGGCGACUAUGUGACGCAGCUCUUUAUGAUCGAGAUUGAGAACCAAAAAGGGUUCGAAGCAACGCUGCUCGGACUCGGAGUCACUACUCAAUCCGUUGGUACUCCCUUCGCUACUGUGAUCACGAAAUCCAUCGACGGCUACUUUGAUAUUGGCCGAACUUUUAUUGAACAGGACAACCACCAUGUUCGAUCGCAGGUCACGUACACGUACCUCAUUGCCUAUGCGUUCAACUUGCUGUCGGUGGUCUUCGUGUUUUGGCUGCCGAAGCAGAAGGAAGAAGUUCACAGGAUGCAGCGCGAGAACCGCAAGAGCAAGUUCUGGGGCAUUCUGACUAUCAGCUACCUCCUUUUCUCUUUGACGUGGACGCUGAUGACUAAUAUCCUGAGUCUGUUCGAGUCGACGAGCUGCUUGCGCAUUGCUGGAGGCAGCGGCUGCUAACCCCUCCAUUACAAAUAUCAACUCGAAGAUACCUAAGUAUUCAUUAGAAACUCCAGCAGUGAUUUUGUCUGCUUCGAGGUAUUUGUUGUUGUUGAUGAUGGAAAGAUCUGUCGAGUGGCUUUUAUCCCUAAGCUGCUUUACG